ACAAAACUGACAGCCCGCAAUUUGUUUGGCUCCCUCGUCGGUGCAAAAUCGGCAAUUCUCGCCCUAAUCGGCAGCAGUUGUUAGCAAAAUCCUUCGGUGUAAACUCCAAAUUCUCAGUGAAAGCGUUUCGAAAACCGGAGCAGAUAACGGGGCGAGGCUUGGCCAGCAUGUUCAAGAACACCUUCCAGUCGGGAUUUCUGUCGAUCUUGUACAGUAUCGGCAGCAAACCGCUUCAGAUAUGGGACAAGAAAGUACGCAACGGACACAUCAAACGAAUCACCGAUCAGGACAUCCAGUCGCUGGUACUGGAAAUCAUCGGAACCAACGUGAGCACAACCUACAUCACCUGCCCGGCCGAUCCGAAGAAAACGCUCGGUAUCAAGUUGCCGUUUCUGGUGAUGAUAAUCAAAAACUUGAAAAAAUACUUCACCUUUGAAGUUCAGGUCCUGGACGACAAAAACGUUCGAAGAAGAUUUAGAGCGAGCAACUACCAGUCCACAACGCGCGUUAAGCCAUUCAUUUGCACCAUGCCAAUGCGAUUAGACGAGGGUUGGAACCAAAUUCAGUUCAACCUGUCAGAUUUCACGCGGCGCGCCUACGGAACCAAUUACGUGGAGACACUUCGGGUGCAGAUCCAUGCUAACUGUCGGAUACGGCGAGUGUACUUCUCCGAUCGGUUGUACUCCGAAGACGAACUUCCGGCCGAGUUUAAACUAUUCCUACCAAUACAAAAACCCCAAUCGAAGGCAAUUGCUCAACAGGCAUGCUAACUUGGCCAUCAGUAGUCCUCAACACAAUUUUUACCAAAUAAAUACCAUUUGCUGUCAAGUUUAUCAUUGCACCCGAACUAAAGCUAUCGUUUUUUCAAUUUGCCCAAUAGAUAAUUAAA